AUGUAUUCGUCUUCCAAUUCGUUUUUGGGCGGCUCAAAUUCAGCACGCCCUGGUCCUGGAGGCUUCGGACCACAGCAAUCGUUCAGCUCGUUCAAUCAAGCUCCUCCGCAACAGCAAUCGCCCUUUGCUCCGCAGCCCACCGGCUUCCCCGGUCAAUUACAAGCUCAACAGACCGGCUUUCCAGGUUAUCAGCAGCCGCAGGGGUUUCCAGCUCCUGCGCAGCAACCUCAGUUUACGGGCUAUCCCCCUCAAAAUCAACCUCAACAACCCCAGUUUCAGCAGCCUCCUCCGCAGGCCCCAGCUUUCCAGCAACAGCCUUCCUUUCAAGCUGCUCCUCCUCCUCCAGCUCCUCCGCAACAGCCGCCGGCCGCUGCUCCUCUCCGUCCUCAGCAGACGUCGUCUCAGAUCGCGGCCUCUUUUACUCAAGGCUCAACCAGCGCACCACCUGCGGCCAGGAGGAGGCAGAGCAAGAGUUCCAGUAGAAUCCCAAACAUUCGGUUGUCGUUCAUCACUGCUACCGACCAGGCAAAAUUUGAGCAGUUGUUCAAGUCCGCCGUGGGAGACGGCCAGGCAUUGAGCGGAGAGAAGGCCAGAGAUCUGCUCUUGAGGUCGAAACUGCCUGGCAGUGCCUUAUCGCAGAUAUGGAUCCUAUCCGACACUACAAAAUCAGGCCAGCUCCUUUUCCCCGAGUUUGCUCUGGCCAUGUAUCUGUGCAAUCUGAGAUUGACCGGAAAGGAUCUGCCGAGCGCGCUUCCCGAGAAGAUCAAGAACGAGGUGUCGAGCAUGGUCGAUAUCAUUUCGUUUGGAGUUCCGGAUGAGAAGCCUUUGCCGCCGACGCGGUCGCAUGUACCGGACUUUGAUGCUCCGCUCAGGCAGAAUGCUGUUUCCCCCCCUGCUCCUCAGCAGCCCACCCCGCAGCAGCCAUCUAACCAGCAGCUUUUGACACAGCUCACUUCCCAGCCCACGGGGUUCUACAAUCAGGCUACAGGCUUCCAGCCCGGCCUCCAGUCGCAGCCUACCGGCUUCCCGGGGCUCUCGCAGGGCCUGCAGACUCAAGCCACGGGUUUUGUAAAUCCCGCCCAGCCUGGUGGUUUUGGCGGCGCUCGACCUUCGCUGCCACUUAUGCCCACGGGUGGUUUCGGUUCGAAUGUUUCACCGCAACAGACAGGCCCUCUGCAAGCCCAGCCGACCGGGCUUCCUGGCCAAUGGGGUUUCGUGAACACGCCUGCUGGCGGUCUGCCCAAUAUUGAAGCUCUUCAACAACGUCUGAUGCCUCAAUCUGGUCGCGAAGCCGGCGGCUACACAACGCAAGGGCUGUCCGGGACCGCGAAGAUCCCUUGGGCGGUCACCAAGGACGAGAAAAGGAUUUAUGAUCAGCUGUUCAAGGCCUGGGAUGGUCUAGGCAAGGGUUUCAUUGCUGGAGAGACCGCAAUUGAGAUUAUGGGCCAGAGUGGGCUGGAGAGAUCCGAUUUGGAAUCCAUUUGGACACUAUCUGACCCUAACAAUAAGGGUCGACUGAACAUGGACGAGUUCGCUGUCGCGAUGCAUCUCAUCUAUCGGAAGCUGAACGGAUACCCCAUCCCGGCCCGGCUUCCGCCAGAACUCAUUCCUCCAUCAACAAAGAACUUCAAUAGCUCUAUUGAUACCGUCAAAUCUCUCCUGUCCCAGGACGCAGAGGCCAGAAAAUCGUCGGGUGCAUUCCUGCAGCCUCAGAAGACCGGCGUGAGUUACUUGAAGGAUCAUUCGUUUCGCAGUGGCUCUGCGUCGCCGAAUUUUGGCCGCAAGGAUGCAACUGUCUUCCGCAACAAUGACGACGACGUGGGAUAUCGCUCGAGUGCCAGACGACGUCUUGGGCACGGGGGUAGAACUCCUUCCCCCGCACCAUCUUCCGACAUGGGAGAUAGUGUCUAUGAUGAUCUCACGCCCGAUCAGAUCAGGAAGAAGAUACGGGAGAAGAAGAUCUUACUCGACGCCACUGACUUCCAGGACGAACGACAAGCUGACGACGAGGAUAUCCUGGAUCGGAGGGAUCGACGAGAGGCCGAAGAACUUUUCAGGCAGAUCCGACGAAUUCAAGACGAUAUCGAUACGCAUCCUAACUCUGGAUUGGCCAGCGGGGACACAGGCGCAGAGAGGAGAGCGAUGAGAAGAGAGCUGCAACGAUACCAAGAUCGCCUCCCAGUAUUGGCCUCAGACGUAAGAAAAGUUGAGAAGAGCAUUGCCGAAGCCAAGCUGCAACUCUUCCGCUUGAAGGACGCCAAAGCUCAUCCCAACAGUGCCUCAAACAUUGUUGGAACUGGACCUAACGGCACGAUCACCGAAGCCGACCGUAUUAAAGCGCGAGCGCGCGCCCGAAUGCAAGCUCGAGCUGCUGAGCUUGCUGGACGCCCUGCCCCUGCUGCUGAUGACGAAGCCGGGGCGCAGAGACGCUUAGAGCAAGAGAGUUCUAAGGUCAAAUCAGAACAAGAACGGCACGAGGCUAUGACUCGAGACGUAGAAGAGAGCGUAAAGGACUUUGUUUCGAGCCUCGAAGAUGGGCUGCGAGACCAAGGGGAUAAUCCGACUCAGGAGCACGAGCGGCGGAGGUGGGAGGAAGCUCUCGGCGUGGAAGAUGAGAUAAAAGAACUCAUCUACGACCUACAACGGAGCAGUAGGACCGCGAAGAUUCGCAAAGAAGAACAAUCACGCCCAGCCAGACAAUCGUCGCGCGACUUUUCACAUGAGGAACCGACACCGACAAAUGGCAACUUGCCUUCGCGACCAGCUCCAACAUCGGCCUCUUCGACCUCUUCCGUGACAACGGGCCAGUCACAUCAGGAUCGCAUUGCGACCGCCAAGGAGAAGGCUCUGAAACGUAUACAGGAGAGAAUGGCUGCGGCCGGAAUCAAGCCAGCUGGGGAGUCUGGUGAAACUCCCCAGCAGCGCCAGGAACGCGAGAAGCAAGAGAGAGCCGAACGCCUUCGCAAAGCUGAAGCCGAGGAUGCCAGACGUGAGCAAGAACGACAGCAAAGACUUGCGAAUGAGGGGGUGACGCCUCCAAGUCCGAAGGCUGAGAAGAAGCCGCCUCCUCCGCCCACUCGAAAGCAGAGACAAGACAGCACAGAUUUCUCAGCCAAGAAGGCCGCUGAAGCAGCAGCCCGGGCGAAGGCGGAAGAAGAAGCUGCUGCGCAGAUCAGGGCAGAGCAGGAAACAGAGGCGCGCCAGCGCGAACGCUUAGAGGCCCAGGCGAAGACUCAAGAAGAGGAGCUUGAGAAGGAGCGUGAGGCCGCUCAAGCCCGCUUGCGAGCGCUCGAAGAGCAAGUCAAGGCAGGUAAAGUGAAGAAACAAGAAGAAAAGGCCCGAAAGAAAGCAGCGGAGAAAGAGGCCAAGGAGAAGGAGGCCAAGCUUGCUGCACAAAGAGCUGAGCUGGAGGCAGCUCGAGAGAGGGAACGCCAACUCCAGCUUCAACUUGAGCAACUUGGAGACGAGUCGUCAUCAGACGACGACGACGGUCCACAACAGAUUACGCCUCAAGAGAGCACUCCGGCAACCAGCCAAAUGCUGACUGGCUCAAUUGCCUCACCACCACCGAGCACUGCUCCGGAACCUUAUGCAAGCAGUGGUCAUGAGGCCACCCCGGUUUCUAGCCCACCAGCUGCUGAAGAAUCGAGGAACCCAUACUUCCGCAAAUUGUCCCAAACGCAACCGUCAGAGAAUGGAAGGCCAGUUUUCUCCCCGCCGCCUAUCCCGCAAACUCAGACAUUCUCGCCUCCAACAGCCCCUCCUCCGCCAGCGCCGCCUGCAGAAAGCCUGCCAUCGACUAACCCCUUCCACCGAAUCGCUCAACAGGAGGCCGCUAAGCCAUUGACCCCCAGCUUUACCGGUGCUCAAUCACGGCGGCGUCCGGAAGAGGAUGAAUGGUCUGCUGCCGGGUCCGAGAAGGAUGAAGAUAGUGACGACGAAGCCGAACACCCCGGUGGAGGAUCUGCUAAACAUUUGGCUUCCAUUCUGUUUGGCACCAUGGCACCACCCAGACCACUAUCUGCCAUGGAUAGCAAGCCCCAGACGCCUGUCCAAGAACCACCACCAAUUCCAGGUGCAUUUGACUCCGGUUCCGCUCCGCCACCACCACCUCCUCCUCCGAUGCCCGGGAGUGGCGCACCAACGGCACCACCGCCUCCUCCUCCAAUGCCCGACUCUGGUGCUUUCAACGCACCACCGCCACCUCCCCCUUUCCCUACCUCUGGUGCUCCUGGGGGCCCGCCGCCGCCUCCACCGAUGCCCGCUCCAGCCCGUUCUGGAACUGGUGAUAUAGGUGCUUUACUGGGUGAGAUCCAGAAAGGCAAAGGCCUGCGAAAGACUGAGACGAAGGACAGGAGUGCGAGCUCUGUCGCAGGGAGAGUACUGGAUUAA